AUGACUUCCGAACUACCUACCGUACGCUGGGGAAUCGUGGCCACUGGUCUCAUUUCCUCAUGGUUCGCCGCCGACAUCAUCCGUGACCGAGCCAACAAGCAGGCAAACCACAUCAUCCAAGCCGUCGGCUCCUCCUCCCUCGACAAGGGUAAAACCUUCGUCGAAAAACACAUCCCCGGCACCUCACCUACCGUGUAUGGGAGCUAUGAGGAAGUCUACGCAGAUCCCAAUGUGGACGUGGUCUACAUCGGCACCCCUCACGCUUUCCACAAGAAAAACUGUCUCGACGCCAUCGCGCAUGGCAAGAAUGUGUUGUGUGAGAAGGCCUUUACGUUAAAUGCCGUCGAGGCUAGGGAGGUCUUCGCAGCGGCCAAGGAGAAGGGUUUUUGUUAUGGAAGCCAUGUGGACCCGAAUAUCGCCUCGCUGCCUGCCGAUUCUCGACUCAGGAACCCGUCUCUCGGGGCCAGCACCCUCUUAGAUAUAGGCAUCUACAGUCUUACUUGGGGCCUCGUGACCCUCGACAACGGUGUUGGGGAAACCGCUGAGAAGCCCAAGGUUUCUGCUCAGCAACACCUCCUCGACGGGGUCGACGCCGCCACGUCCAUCCUUCUCCUCUAUCCAGGCAGAAAGCAGGGCAUUCUGACUUGUUCAAGUUUCAUCAGGGGAGGUCAAGAAUUUUGCCGAAUCGAGGGGAGCAAGGGAAUGAUCAUUGUUCAAGGCGGCGCUGCCUCGUGUCCCGAAUCUUUUACUGUGAAUAUAAACGGACAAGAGCCGAGGAAAUACAACUUUGACAAGCCGGGCUUUGGCUUCUACUUUGAAGCAGAUGCUGUUGCAGCUGAUGUUGCCGCGAAGCGCGAGGAGAACUCAACCAUGCCGUGGGCGGAAACGAUUCGGGUUUUGGAGUUGUUGGAUGAAGCGCGGAGGCAGGGUGGUGGAAUCUUUCCACAGGAAGAGAACAUAGAAGGGAAGGGACCGGGAAUAUGA